AUGAUACGUGGACGAAUGAGAAAGGACCAUCACGUGUCGUGGGAUUUGUGGGAUGGAUUGAAUUGUUGACGUGUUGACUUAUCGUUACGAGCAUUCUAUCUACAUUCCUUGGACUCGAUCCUCUACCACCUCUUACGGACAAUCAGGUCACUUGCACGUCCUCUGGUGUCCGACCGUGGUUCUCUGCCUUUUUGUUGAUCGCGACUGUUCCCUUCAACUCCUUCGCAACGGAGUGGUCUGCCAGAUCAACAUAACCCUUUCCUUGUCGAACACACCCACACCUCUUUCGCGAAGCACACGACUCCUGUCUUUGUAUGCUGCGCAACUAGCCGUCAGAAUGUCUGUCCUCCCUGCCGACGUGCAGGGAGCAUUAUCCCAACUCCUGCAAGCCCUCGCAUCACCAGACAAUACCCUCCGCACACAGGCUGAAGAACAGUUGAACAAUGACUGGACACCCAACCGUCCAGAUGUGCUCUUGAUGGGCUUGGUGGAACAAAUACAAGCUGCUCAAGAUCCGUCGACACGAUCAUUUGCAGCCGUGUUAUUUCGAAAACAAGCCUCCAAAACUCGAAAGGUCCCGGGCUCCAACGAGUCAAAAGAGCUUUUCCUCAGCCUAAGUUCCGAUGCCAAGGGUGCUAUACGGUCAAAGUUGUUGGAGGGACUCGGAAGCGAGCAAGUAAACACGGUGAGGAACAAGAUUGGCGAUGCGAUUGCAGAGAUCGCCAGGCAAUAUGUCGAUGCCGGCGAGAUGUGGGUCGAACUGCUGGCUGCUCUGUUCUCAGCAAGCCAGUCCAAUGAUGCAGGGAUGCGAGAAUGCGCUUUCCGGAUAUUUUCCACUACACCAGGCAUCAUUGAGAAACAGCAUGAGAGUGCGGUGCAAGAUGUCUUCGGUAAAGGCUUCAAGGAUAGCAACGUCGAAGUUCGACUCGCAGCCAUCGAAGCCUUCGCAUCGUUCUUCCAUUCUAUCACCAAGAAAGCUCAACCGAAAUACUAUGCUCUGAUCCCCGACAUCCUUAACAUCCUGCCACCAUUGAAAGAGUCAGGCGACACCGAAAACCUAUCCAAAGCAUUCGUGUCCCUCAUUGAGCUCGCCGAAGCCGCCCCAAAGAUGUUCAAAGGUCUUUUUUCGAGCCUAGUCAAAUUCAGUAUUUCUGUCAUCCAGGAGAAAGAUUUAGGUGACCAAACACGGCAGAACGGCCUUGAACUUAUGGCGACCUUUGCUGAGUGGGCACCUGCCAUGUGUAAGAAGGAUCCAUCAUACACCAAUGACAUGGUCACGCAGUGCCUCAGCUUAAUGACCGAUAUUGGUAUCGACGAUGAUGAUGCUGCCGAGUGGAACGCGCAAGAAGAUCUUGACAUGGAGGAAAGCGACAUGAACCACGUCGCCGGCGAGCAGUGUAUGGAUCGACUGGCCAACAAAUUGGGAGGAGAAGUAAUUCUUCCCUCCACCUUUACCUGGCUGCCGAGGAUGAUGCAUUCGGCUUCCUGGAGAGAUCGACAUGCGGCUCUGAUGGCCAUCUCUGCGAUCUCCGAGGGUUGUCGAGACCUCAUGAUCGGUGAGCUGGACAAGGUGCUUGACCUUGUGGUGCCGUCUUUGAGGGAUCCGCAUCCUCGAGUUCGAUUCGCAGGAUGCAAUGCUCUGGGCCAAAUGAGUACCGAUUUUGCAGGGCCUAUGCAGGAGAAGUAUCACCAAGUCGUACUUUCAAACAUCAUACCUGUCUUGGAUGCUCCCGAACCCCGAGUCCAGGCUCAUGCGGCGGCUGCGCUGGUCAAUUUCUGCGAAGAGGCUGAGAAGGCGAUCCUGGAACCGUACCUGGAACCAUUACUGGGUCAUCUUUUGCAGCUCCUGCAGUCGUCGAAACGCUAUGUUCAAGAGCAAGCAUUAUCAACGAUUGCUACCAUCGCAGACUCUGCCGAAAGCGCGUUCAUCCGAUACUACGAUACCCUCAUGCCACUGCUUUUCAGUGUGCUCCAAAACGAACAGUCCAAGGAGUAUAGACUACUCCGCGCGAAAGCGAUGGAAUGUGCAACUCUGAUUGCCCUGGCGGUUGGCAAAGAGAAGAUGGGCCAGGACGCCAUCAAUCUCGUGCAGACGUUGGGUAAUAUCCAGCAGAAUAUCACUGACGAAGACGACCCGCAAUCUCAAUAUCUCCUACACUGUUGGGGUCGAAUGUGUCGCGUGCUCGGUACAGAUUUCGUUCCUUAUUUGCCGGGUGUGAUGCCACCUCUGCUCGAACUCGCCUCUGCCAAAGCCGACAUUCAGCUGAUCGACAGUGAGGAUGAUGCGCUGGAUCAAGAAGACGGCUGGGAACUGGUGCCACUGAAGGGCAAGGUCAUUGGCAUCAAGACGUCAACACUCGAAGACAAGAACACCGCGAUUGAGUUGAUUACCAUAUACGCUCAAAUCCUAGAGGCCGACUUCGAGCCUUACGUUGCGGACAUCACUGACCGGAUAGCACUGCCUGGUCUGGCUUUCUUCUUCCACGACCCAGUGCGAGUGGCCUCUGCAAAACUCAUUCCUCAACUUCUCAACUCGUACAAGAAGCGAUAUGGCGACCACUCAUCUCAAGUUCUGGAACUCUGGGCCAAGUGCUGUGAGAAGGAGAUCGAGAUCCUCAGCGCAGAACCGGCGAUUGACACGUUGGCGGAGAUGUACCAAUGUUUCUAUGAAAGUGUGGAAGUGGUGGGAAAGAACUGCUUGACGCAGAAUCAUAUGGAACAAUUCAUCCAGUCCUCCAAGUCCACACUUGAAGAAUAUCAGAAGCGUGUCCAGGAGCGCGCUGAAGAGAAGGCCGAAACAGCACAAGCAGGGGUUGAUGAAGACGAUGAUUCCCUAUCUGUGCAAUAUGCCAUCGAGGACGAUCAGACUCUAUUGUCGGACAUGAACAAGGCCUUCCACACCAUCUUCAAGAACAUGGGCGUAGGGUUUUUAGAGUCUUGGCAGAGACUCAUGCCGUUCUACGAUAACUUCAUCACCAGCAGUGACCCCACCCAGCGUCAGUGGGCGCUGUGUAUCAUGGAUGAUGUCCUUGAAUUCUCUGGGCCACAAUCAUGGCAAUACAGCGACCACAUUAUUCAACCUCUGAUCAACGGCAUGAGAGACGAGAAUGCCUCGAAUCGACAAGCCGCCGCAUAUGGCGUCGGUAUUGCCGCCCAGAAGGGUGGUGAGCCGUGGUCAGAAUUUGUUGCCGCCAGUCUAGAAACCCUACUACAGAUCACCAGAGUGCCCAACGCCAGAGGUGAGGACGAAGUAUUUGCCACCGAGAACGCCUGUGCGGCCAUGGCCAAGGUUCUGCAUUACAAUUCUUCCAAAGUGCCCAAUGCGCAGCAGGUGGUUGAGCAGUGGCUUGAUACGCUGCCUGUGGUUAAUGACGAGGAAGCGGCUCCUUAUGCCUAUUCUUUCGUCGCUCAACUCAUUGACCAACAAAACCCGGCUGUGUUUGCCAAAGCACAACAAGUGUUCCACCAUAUUGCCCUCGCAUUGGAGGCAGAGAUGAUUCAAGGUCAGACGGCGAAGAAGGUUGCAGAGAGUGCCAAACAAAUGGUGGCUCAGACGGGAAUCAACGCGGAUCAAAUUCUGCAGACUUUGUCGCCUGAUGGGCAGGCCACAGUUCGAAGCUACUUCUCAUAACACCAAUGCUUGACGAUUGAAUACGGCCGGGAUCUAAGACUUGACUGUAAGCGUAGCAUACCCAGGUCAAUAGGGGGAGGGAUAAAGCAAGAGAUGGUCUUUGAUUCUUGAAUGUCUCUACCGCUUGAUAUGAAUGACAAGAUAUAAGUCACCACCACUACCAAAGAUCAACGAUGCGGUAGAGUUAACUGAUGUCUGGUAAGACCGCAGGAGGUGUCUGGAGGUCAUAGUACAGUUUAGACCCUGGAUGAGGCUGCAUUCGGCUAUUUUACCCUUUUGACUUAAGCGGCCUCUUCCGAGGAAA